CUAUUUCGGUGCAGAAGGUCUUAUAAUUCUUCAAUGCUGCAGGCACUACCACCGCAUUGGCAGCUGUUACUGGUGUGCGGCUUCUCGUUCUGCAUCGGACUUGCAUCGGCCCAAGUCUACUCGCAAGGGGCAUUUAGCGUCGAUUUGGCUGUGGAAUCCUCUGCGGAUUCGGAAUGCGAACACGAUGAGGUACAGCUCGCAUCUGACGGGGCGAUCGCCCAAUGGGGACCAGCGCUAGGCACACGCGUGGUGCCAAACAUGACUGUGAAUGGCACUGUGGCACCCGACGGUUACGAUUUCUACCACCUUUGCGUGGGGCGCCAUGAGCACGAACACCUCAUCACAGUUGAGCUGCUGUGCGACAAUUACGACGUGUCCGAGGGUGGCGACGCAAAUUUGUAUCUCUCCAGCGAGGUCAAGUACCCACGCAUGGGACAUUCCACAUGGAUUGCGCAGCGCCGCGGUGACGAGUUUGUCAAACUUUUCACAUAUCUUGACGGAUUUCCUCGCAAAAACGAGGACGGUGGCCGUCGCUGGAUCGCGCUGCAUAUUGGGGUCUUCGGUGCAGGAAACGUUGACACAAGCUAUGACCUCAUAGUCUCUGUCACGGACCUGCCGAAUACGCCAGACAUUCUGUUAAGGCAGGAGUUUUACACGCAACAGCACAACCAGGCACGAAAGCAAAGACUUCGCCGAGGGUAG